GUCAGAUUUGAACCACUCAACACUUAAAACACAGACGAAUUACAUCAGACACCUGGAGUUGUAAAUGAUGCAUUUCAGGAAUUCGACCAGGAACUACCUGAUUUUAGGACAAUGUUCUCAAGUGAUGGUUUUUGUUUCAUUUUUCAUUGUAAGCCAACAGAUAUCAGGUGCUGUGGUUACAUCUCUGGAGCCAUCUCCAUCCAUCACUAAUAGAGACCAACUGCAAACAUCAAUGUUUUCAUCUUUUUCGAUGUCAUCUUUGUAUUUGAAAUCUGAAGUAUAUGACUCAGAUGAAAGAGAUGAGUAUCUGUCAACCCCAAUCCUGAAGAUUCACUCUUCAGCCUUGGAGCUGACGUCCAUAGCGUUGAGUCCUGACUUGUUAUCUACAGUCCAACUGCAGACAGGUGACACAUCAGAUGUAAAGCUUUCUUUGCAAAUGCAAGAAACUAGCUCAUUGCUAAUGCAAGGGGUUGCUACACAUUCAAGUGUACCAUUAUCAACUAAAAUUUACCAAUCAGUAUCGUUAACAUCACCAUCAGCCGAUAGAUUAGAACAACUGUCAUUGGCUGCAUCCGAGAGCCUGUCCUUAUUUAAUCUGCCACCCUUUAGUGAGUCACCGCUUUCUCUUGCAGCAACGAUGUCUGAUGUUUUAGGACAACCAAGUUCUGUGUUUUCAUCAAUAAAGCAACAAUCAUAUGCUGAGACAAUCAAUCCACACUCAACACUUGAAAUGACUAUCUUCAGUACAUCACAACUGGAACCAACAGAGUCUGUAGCUGAAACAAUGGUACAUGAAACCUUAAUAAGUAACCAGGAAUACACUAAGAUUCCAAAUACAGAAAAAAUAAAUACUGAUAUCUUCAGUUCAGCUGACAUUAAUAUUGCAACACUUGAAGUGACAUUAAAUGAUGUAGUUAAGUUAUCGUCAUCAUCAUUGCAAUUAAAACCUUCAAAUGAAUUGACAACUGAUUUCCCAGAGUUUGGUGAGACUACCACAGAUUUCAACCAAGAAUUAUUGAAUACUGUUAUUAGCACUGGUAGCAUGAAAGUGAUGGACUCCAGUGAUGCUAUGACUUUUAUUAGUUUUGAAGAUGAAUUACCAGCUAGUACUGUUGGAAUAAUACAACCAACCACACCGUUUGAGUUUGAAGUAUCCACUGACAUUUAUACAGAAAUGAUGUAUAGUAGCCUGAUGUCCUCAAGAUUAGGAUCUCUUGAUGUUAUGAGUGCCACCUCUGAAAUGUUAUUAUCAGAGGCAUUUGAUGAUACUUUAGAGAGGUCAACAUUGAAAUUGCUACAAACACAAGUGUUGCAGUCAUCUGAAGGGGAGGAUGAUUUCAUGACACAUGUAGAGUUGUCUAUGGAUUAUACAGCAAAUACCAUGAAUGUUGAGUUGAGCUCAUUUACAAUAUCUGAACUCAGUUCAGCAUCUUAUUCUACAAAUGAGUACAGUAUCUCUUUAACUUUCGGGAAUGGCGGUAGUUCAAGAGCUGUGUACUCACAAGAAAGUAUUUUUGAGAUGACAAGGACACUUGAGGAACCAGUUUCAUCUUCAGAAUUCCUGACACCAUCCAUGAUUUCAGUUGCAACUCAAUUUAGCCAAUCUAUAGAAACAAGCUAUGUUAUGCAAGAAUCACUAACUUCAAAGGAACCUGAACCUGUUAUAAUGUGUUUUACCACCGUAAUGACAUUACCUAAUUCAGUGGCAACAUUACAGCAACCCAGUGAUACAAGUUAUGCUCCACCGGACAUGACAUCAUGGUCAGUGAAAAUGAAAAAUUCAGUGCAAGAGAGCUUGUAUGAAAUCCCAACACAAAGUUGGUCUUUGAGAAGUCAUCAGUACUCAACAGAAAUAUAUUCAUCUGAGCAGGCUCUAAACUCAGAAAUGACAGAUUUUAGAAUAAGCAGCCAACCAAUGCUAUCUACAAUCAAUAAUAAUUUUGCUACUAAACUUUUUUCAAAUCCUACAGAAGUUGGAGACAGUUUAACAAAUUCAAUUUUUCAAUCAUCGAAUUGGAAAACAUCAGUAUUUUCAGAAAAUUCUACAUUGCAAUUGUUUGAUUUUAGUCACUUUCCAUCAUCUGUAGCUUCAACCAGCGUAAUCAGGGAGGGCAUUGAAAUAACUACCAACACAGCAGCUGAUCUUUCAAUUUUUACUUUUAUUCAACCUAAUGCAUCCAUUUCUGUUGAAUCAACAUUAUCAUCAUCUUUGAUUUUGCCAGAGACCGUUGAUAAGUCAGACCUGUCAAAUGUGCAGACUUCAGCAAGUAUACCACAUGAAUCCCUCAGCUAUCAAACAUUAUCUGAUGUAAUUUAUACUUCAGAUUUUGAUAACUUAAAUAUUUAUAGUACUGUUAAUGGUGUAUUCAAAGAUGAGACAGCAAUUGAGACAGAAAGCAGGAUAAUUACAUUAUCAGUGUUGACCAAUAGCCAGGAGGCACAUAAUAUCAGGAAGCGGGCUGCUCUUGAAUUAGAAUUUUCAUCCCCACAGACUAAUACAGAACAAUUUCAGAACCAGUUGAUGUCAAAUACUAUGGCUCCUUCUGUAUCUUCCAGUGUUUUAAGCAAUAUAUUUAUUCAAGAUAUUACACAGUUAGUGAAGUCUUCUGAAAUUGAUUUAUUUAGUACUUCAGGAGCCAUUCAACCUUCUGAGAUAUCUGAUGUUCCAUUGUCAUUUGAUACAUCUUUCUCAUUUUCAUUGUAUGGUUCUCAGGCAACCUCCACUGUAACUGGAUCAUUUCAGAGCUCUGAUGAGAUAUCUAAUACUCCAAGUUUACUGUAUAGUUCUUUUGGCAACAUUAAUGUUCUUGGGUCAUUGUACAGUUAUAUUGAGACCACUGUACUAGAAUUAAUACAGAGUUCAUUUGAAACCUCAACAGAGUCCCAACUCAUGUGGUUUCUAUCUGACACUAAUAUAUUAAGUUCUCAAAUACUAAAUACUGGUCAAGAUUUUGUAACAUCUACUUUAAGUGGAGUAACAAAUGUAUCUGAUAUAUCACUUGACAGUUCUUUUGAGACAACUGUGUUAGACUUACCACAGAGUCCAUCUGAAACCCAAUAUUUUACGGAGCCCCAGUUCAUGUUGUUUCCAUCUGACAUUAGUAUAUUGAGUUCUCAAAUAUUUAUUACUGGUCAGGAUUUUGUAACAUCUACUUCAAGUGGAGUGACAAGUGAAUCUGACAUAUCAUUCGAUCAUUUUCAAAACACAACCACUGAUCCUUUUCUGGCUGCUACAGAAUUUGAAGUUAUUAGUAUAAUUACUAUGCUAUCUGUGGAUCCUACAGCAAACGUGGAGCUUGAUGAAUACUCUGUCUAUAGUACCACAAUCCUGGAACCUACAGGUGUUGACACACCACCAUCAGUGAUGAUACGGAAUAGUAGUGUUCUCUCGGAAGCAUCAAACUUAAGUGAUGGCUAUGCUACCAACAUGACAUUUAUAGCUUCAACUGUAACCAGUUUUACCAGCACAAACAUACAGGCAGUAUUCAGUAGUAGUAGUAGUAGUAUGUUACAAAUAUCAAGUAUAGGUGAUGACUAUGCUAGCUUGAUGACUGUAGCCUCCACUUCAGUAAAUUUCACUGGCACAACCACACAGCCAACAAUUUCUGAGAUGCCAUCCAUGAAUAGUACCAGUCUUUUAGAAAUAUCAAGCACAAACAAUUAUAGUACAUUGAUGUCUAUGACCUCCAUCCCAUUAAAUGUACUUACAACAUCUCAAUAUCAGGAGGAGACGUUUACUUACAUUUCAUGUACGACAAUAUAUCCAUCUGCUAUGCUGGAAACAUUAACACCAACUGUUACCAUUUCACAAGUUAGUGAAUCUACAAGUUCUAGGUAUUUUAGUACUCAAGUUUCUGAUAUUCCAGAUUUUGUAACUAGUUAUAUGACAUCAACCUUAGAAGAAGACGACUUUGAGACAAUUACUUUAGAACCAUCAACUUUUGAAACAGUCUUGUCCACAAUAAUGAUUUCUGAAUCAGAUUAUAGUGUCGCUUCUCUUUCUGAAGUAAAUACACCAUCACAAGAUUUUGCUUCACUUGAAAUUUCAAGUUCUGUAACACAAUUAUUUAGUAUGUCUACUUCACCAAUGUCUGAAUUAAUUGAAAACACUGAGGCUGAGACCACCCCGUUAGAUUCAACAUAUGUAUUUACUGUGUCGGAAUCUCACUUACCUUCAUCUCUGGAUGUGCAGAGUAGUCUUGAAGAACUAUCAUAUAGCCUGGAGUAUACUUCUAAUAUUCCGAAGAUAAGUGAGGUGCCCCCAGUACUGACCAUCUCACCAACACCAUCAAGUGCACCAGAACAAUCAAAAACAACCAGUAUGUAUUCUUCAAUACAUCCAAGUUCACCAGUUACAACUCCUACAAGUACUAAACCUCCAGUGGAUGUCAUCACAACUGGUACCACAAAGGAGCCUUAUGUUUCGUUGGACACAUCAUUUGUUACACAGCCUUCAUGGCUGGAACUGGAAAUUAACGUCCCUACCUCAGUAGACACCAAGUCAAUAGAAUUCAUUCUGGACAUUGAGGGCAGGCUUGCAUCAGCAUACAUUCAAGCUAGAGCCAAGGUGCAAGGAUCGUCAAGGAGACGAAGAGCUGUCGCUGUUGAUGAAAUUACAGUUCAGCAUAUUGACAUCAGUAGAACAGACAGCAAUUCAGAGGCACUGUCUGUUGUGUACUACAUCGUAGAAGGAGGUGAACGAAUACCUGCCGCUGAGUCUGCUGCCACCAUGCAACAGCUAUCUACCGAGGCACUUUCAAUUGUAUUGGGCUACCCCGUUGCUACACAAGUUACAGUGUAUGGUCAGUCUUCUAGCCCAGCAAGUAAGAUUUGGAUUGCAGCUGUGGUGUUGGGUGUUCUUGCAUUCAUAUUUUUGACUUUCUGUUGCUUUUGCUGGUGCUGUAGGCCUAAGUCUCGUGAUGGUAACUUUGACCCAGAGACUUUGAAAUUUCUUCAGUUCAAGCAAAAAUAUCCUUACCAUUCAUACGCUGCAAGUAAGAGGAGAUGGGCUGCAUCAUCUCCUGCAGCUCUAGAUCACUCACAGGGUCAGUUUAUUGAAGAUGAAAGGUCUGUGAAGACUUCGGACUAUCACACCGAUGACGAUGAUAGUGUAAGGGUUAAGGACAAGAGGCGCCUUCCAGCUCCACCAAGAAUUCCAUCUCGUUCAAAGACACCGAUAUCGCGGCAGGAUGAUGCAAUCUCGGAGUCCGAUAGCUUUGUGUCUACAACUGAAGAUGAACUGAAGAUGAGUUCAUCAGUGUCUUCACAGAGGCAGCAGACUUCAAAAAUGAGCAAGCAUGAACAAAGUAGACAACCAAAGGAAGGAAUGUUUUCACAUGUUACUGAACAACAAGCAAUGAAGCAUACACCAAAGAAAUUACAAAAGAGAAAAGAACAAGUAAUAAAACAGAAAAAUGAAGAGGCCGAAUGGAGACAAGCUCAGGCUGAAAUUAGUGCCAUUUUGGAACCUGAGGUUGUGAAAAGUCAAGCUGUAACUACAUUUGUGGCACCCCACAAACGCAAAAGAAAAAGCAAAGAUAAAAGACCAAAGCAUAAGUUAUCUCAUGCUUCGUCGUCAGUUGAGGAUGAUACAGAACUUGAAGAAGAUGGAAUGUACAGUUCUUUACCUGAUGUUCAUUACGCUAGGCCAUCAGCUGCACAGAAUGAAAACGGUGAUAUUGAAAUGUCCUCGCUUGGCCAAACCCGAAAGCGUAUGCAUGCUCUACUGGAUGAAGCAUUUUCUCUUGUGAAUCUCCCACCAACUGGACGAAAUGCAGUACGCCCUCUACAGUCUACAGCAGAGAAUUCAAGCAUGAUGGACUAUAAGAAAGCUUCGAAAGCAAGAGAACGUAGACGUCAACAAAUGUCUUCGACUGAUGCGUAUACUGGAAGUGAUACUGAUGAUUCUGUCUUCAGAAGUCGACACCCAUUUUUAAGACGUCAACAGACUGCACCAGUAGGCCAUGAAAUGAGAGAUGGAUUUUCUCAAACAAAAGAAGGUCCUGGGAAGGUUGUUAUAGUGCCAGUCACCCAACUAUCAGAGGAUACAGGUGGUGUAAUCUGGAGUAUCUACGACGCAGAGGAUCAGAUGGCCAGACUCUCACCUACCAAGGAACCAGCAUCUAUGCCUGGAGGUCUAGAUCCCUCCCCUCCAGUGACAAUUAAGUCUCCAUCAGGUGCUUUAAUGACACUACCCCCUCUCUCAACACUCCCAGAGUCAGAGCUUAUCUCCAGAGGAGGCCCAGCAGUUCCUUUAAAACUGUUCGAAAAGACCAAAGCACCAGGAAAUUAUGAAGCUCAGACUUCAUUCCAACAAGGAUACCCUUCAAGGUCCUACUUGGCCAAGGAAACGUUGCCAGAUGGGUCCAUUCAACAGAGGGUACCAACUACUGGUAAAUGGCCAGUAACAAAAGCACCGGGAAAUUAUGAAGCUGAGACAUCAUUCCAGCAAUCGUAUCUUUCAAGGUCCUACCUGGACGAGGAAAGGUGGUCAGAUGGAUCCAUACAGCAGAAGGUACCGACUAUGAGUAAACGACCAGCAACUGAUAUGUUAUCCACUUUGGAGAAAGAGAAGAGAAUUGGUAAGCCAGUGGAUGAUAGUUUUGAUGAGUUGAAUGUGACUGCAAUAAUUAAGGGGGCAAAGACACCACAGCCAGUAAUGAGAGUCAUCAAGGAGGAGCUUGAACGACUAGCUAAAUUACGCCCUCAAGUCUCUGAAGAUAAACUUUAAGUUGACAUAGUCAAGAAUGAAAUGUUGAUUGUUGUACUGUAGUAGGAAAGCAUGUCUUGGCAGUGAAUCUAUGCCAAUUAGAACCUUACUGAUUUUAUUUUUUUUGUUUUGUAGGACCAAAGUGAAUAAAUAUUGAGUAAGGAUUACAAUUUAAGUUAUAUAAGAAUAGUGAAAGCAAUAAUAGGUACCAAAAUAAAAUUUUGGUACCUAUCACUAUUCUUUUCACUACCAAAAUUUAAUUUUCAACAUUAUGAUUGAAUUCUGUAUGUUAAAUGGUUCACAAAUCAUUACAAUGAAAGAUUACUAUAAAAAUAUAUUAAAUAUAAAAAGCUACAUGUAUUAAAGUUUGAUAGAUUUUAUUUUAAUGAAUGUAGUAAUGACUGUAGAACAAAGAUACUCUUUUCAUCAUAUUUUCACAUUACUCAAGACAUGUUUGGUAUAUGUAGAGAAACUUUAAUCAAAACCAGUGUAUUGAAUUUGGUGCUACAGUUUUCCUCUUUAUUUAAUAAUUACAUUUUAAGAUUUUCUAAUACUUAAUAGCAAUACCUUUUAAUCUUGAUUGUAGACUAAAUGUUUUUUUAUUUGUGGAUAUCAUAUUAGGAUAGACUAUUUUAAAAUGUAUUACCAGUAUAAACCCACCUUGAUGAUAGAAAUAGUACUUGCAUAGUAUUUUAUUACUGUAGAUAAUGGUGUGUGUGUUUAUUUUUGAAAUAUUCGCCAAUAUUUAUUACAUAUGCAUGUCUUCCUUUUCAUUUUUUGUGCAUAAAUUCAUAACCACCAGAAAUAUAACACUUUAAAUUUUUCAAUUGUAUGUAUGUGUAUAUAUAUUAUAUACAUUACAUAUAUAGUAAAGCAAAGAUAUAUAAGAAAUGUUACAUUCAAAGAGGGAUAGACUCUUUAGAUCACCUUGUAGUAGUGCUUUAUGAAUAUAUAAAUUGUAAACGUUAAGAAGAGAAAUUUGAAAAGAUAUUCCCCAGCCAGGAUUUGAACUCUUAAUCUUCUGCUGUCUACGCAGAUGCCUUAACCAACCUGGCCACUGGGGCUUGCGUUGAAAGUUUGAAUCUGACUGGAGGCAAUUGACUUCAAGCUCUACAGUAUGUCGAUACAACACUAGUAUUCGACGCACAAGUGAACAAUGAUCACAUUGGGGAAUUAAAAUGUGAUUAGACUUAGGUGUGCUGUUCUUGUAUUACAGUAGCUAAUUAUAUUACUGUAUUAGUAAAUAUCAGUAUUAAUGAUGAAUUUGAACAUCUUUUUGUAAUGAAUAUAGUUGUAGAAAGAAAAUAGUUAUUUUAUUAUUACCAAGUAUAUUUUAUACAGUUUUUUCAAACUACUAGAGUGCCACUAUGAUGUGCUUACCGCGGUGGUGCCACCAGGGAGCCGAGAAGGCAGGGUUCUCAUCUGGAGAAAAAUCAAUUCUUUGGAGAGAAAACAAAUUUCAUAUGUAAUGUUAAAGAUUGUGAGACUGUAAAAUUGAUUAAGUUAGCCUCCCAAAUCCCUAAAUUGUAAGAGCUUCUAAAGCUUCACCUCAUGGACCCCUGCUGAAGGUUUUGGGCGGUCCCUGGCCAAACCCACUUACAUUCCCUGGCACCAUCACUGAUGUGCCACUCAUUGUGCCAGUUGCAGAUGGCAUUGUGUUUACUGGUACACAAGUACAGUACAUAUACGAGUAUUGUACUGUGUGUACCCCAUGGUUUCUAGUAUUUUUUUGAAGUCUUAAGUUUUUAUUUGUAAUAGUUUUUGUGUUACUGGACCUAUUUGCAAAUAUCUUGCCUUGUAUUGUCAUCUUGUUGCUUCCUGAUUAUUCUAUGGAAAAUGAUUGUUGUAUUUUUGUCUUCAACUUAAUAAUAGUUUUUAGUUUACAAUUUCAGCUUGUGUGUUUGUAGUUAAUCUAUGUAGAUCAGUGAAUUUCUGGUUUGUUGAUUAAGGUGCUCCCAUUUCAGUCUUUCUCAAUCCUUAACUUGGGAAUAUUUCUCACAACCAAUUAAAUACAUUCCCUAAUUCUCAGCUUUCUACAUUCCCAGCCUUUAAUUCUCGGUCAUAGAGCAUGAAAGGUAUUAUAAAUAUCUGAUCUUCACUCUCAAACUUUCAGCUUUUGAAAAUUAU